AAUGUUAACUCAUUGCACUAAGGUGCUCUCAAUAAAUUCGCUUUUGUGUUGAUGGAAAUUCUUGUUGAUUUGGUUUUUGUUUAUUUCCAUUUUAAUUGUAAAAUGUUUAAUUGUUUACCAUUUUGAUCAAUACUGUUUAAAAUUAAAUUAUCCACAUAAUGAGUUUUAGGUACAAAUCACGUGAAAGAGAUAGAGACGAUAGAAAAGAUCGAGGUGGUUUUGGUGCACCUCGUGAACGAGACCGUGAAUGGGAGAAUAGAGAUAAUUGGGAGCGAGGUGAUCGUGAUUACCGUGAAAGAGAAAGAUUUCGUGAACGAGAUUCAUCUCGAGAUAGAGAUUAUGAUCGAUCCAGAGACCGUGGUCGUGGUGAUAGAGAAAAAAGCCGUGAUAAAGAAAGAGAUAGAAGCUACGAUGAUAGAGACCGAGAUAGGUACAGAGAAAGAGACAAAGGAUCAUCAAGUGGUCGUUAUAAAAGAAAUCACGGCUACAAUAACGUCGAUGAAGACAACAACCUUUCAUAUGAAAAUAAUGCCAAAGAUGGGUAUGGAUCUGACAGGAAUUCUAUCCAAAAAUGGGACUGGAGUUGUUAUAAGUGUGGUGUAAAUAAUUUUAAAAGAAGAGAACAAUGCUUUAAGUGUGGAACUCCUCGGGAGGAGUCUGCAGCGGCAAUCGAAGUAGGUGACGAGAUCAGUCUUAAUCCAACAAACUGUCUAAUUUUGAGAGAUCUUGCCUCACAUACAACCGAGGAGAAAAUACUGACCGCCCUUGAACAAGUGACGGCUUUACCUAUUAAGAGUAUCCGUAUACCCCGAGAUCCUAUUUCCGGUUCAACUCGUUGCAUUUGUUUUGUUGAAUUACAUACAACCUUAGAAGCCUCUCAGCUUUUCAAUUUAUUGUGCUCUUCAACUUCAGGUUUCAUUGUCGAUGGUUACCCUUUGAAUGUAUGUUACGCCAAGAGGAACGUGUCAUCAAACAUUAUACCAAGAGUAUCAAAUGUUGCCAGUGUCGCAUUAGCAGCAGCUCAAUGGACUAAUCAAUCGGAACAACAACCUGUUAAUACCAUGAUUACUGGUGAAUCAAAUUUCCAUGAGUCAACAAUCUCAAAUUCUAGUUCCAAAUCAUUUGGUGCUAAUCAACAUGUAAAAACUACUCAAGCAAAAAUUGACUCAAUUGAACAAAACCCUUUCAGUCUAGGAACUGUUUCCGUUAACGGUGUAUUAUACCCUAAAUACCCACCUCCUGAUACUUCAACAUACCAAUAUGAGGAAAAAUCUGGUUACUAUUAUGAUGCAGCCACUGGACUUUAUUAUGAUGCUAAUUCUCACUAUUAUUAUAAUCCAACCACACAAUCUUAUUUAUUUUGGGAUGGGAAACAUUCAACCUAUUUACCAGUUGAUAAUAAAGUUUCCUCAUCAUCAACAUCAUCAACAGCUCAUGGUCAACCUAAUGAUCAAACACCUAUUGAAGCUAAUGGUAAAAAUCGAGAGAUUUUAAAUGAUAAUCAAGAUAAAUCAAAAGAAACACAAGACUCAAAGUUUGGCAAACAAGAUAAAGUAACGAUUGCCAAAAAAAUAGCUAAAGACAUGGAAAAAUGGGCUAAAACAUUGAACCAGAAAAAAGAAAGUUCAAAAUUUCUGAAUCAACCAACAUCAAUUGCCUUUAAUUGUGAAGAAACAGAAAUUCCAGUUCCAACAUCAACACAUUCCCAAUCCAUGAUUAACAGUUGUAAGACUAAUGAUUAUGUUUCACACGAGGAACAUACAAAAAAACGUCGUAUUGAAUAUGAUCAAACAAUUGAUUCACCUGAACACCGAAAUGAAGAUAAAGUUCCAGAAAAACCUGAAUCAGAAGAUUCAUCAUCUCGAUCACCAAAUCAAACAGAUUCUUCAACAAUGAUUCAAGCUCAAGAAUAUAAAUUAAUUGAUCUGGAGAGACUUUUAUGUUUACUGUGUAAAAGGCAAUUCAAUAGUAAAGAACAACUAUUGAAACAUCAACAAGCCUCUGACCUUCACAAGAACAAUUUAAUCAAACUUGGUGAAAGUAGAUCACUUGAAAAUCAACAUGGUGAACCUGGUUCAUCUUCGGGAGAUUCUGCUUAUCGAGAUCGAGCCAAGGAAAGACGAAAAAAAUAUGGACAACCCAACAUACCGGAAAUAGUACCUGAAAUAAGCUCAAUCGUUGAACCUUCGUCUCCUCCAUUUGUCGAGCCUAAAACUGUCACUGGAAUUGGUAGUAAAAUGUUGAAAGCAAUGGGCUGGAGUGAAGGGGAAGGUCUUGGAAGAUCAAAAGAAAAAGCAACUUCGAUCAUCGAAGUGGAAAGACGAGCGUCCGGAGUUGGAAUCGGUAUGAAAACAACAACCACCGGCGUUGGUGAAUCAUAUAAAGAUGCUGUUAAACGAGCGUCUUGGUUACGAUUUCAAGAACUUUCAAAAAAAGAGUGACCAAUGAAGGAGCAAUUUAAACGAUCAAAUCACAAAUUAAUAUUUUCCUUUUGCUAUCGAUUUUCGCUAAAAAUUAAUCGCUAAUUAACUAAAUGUGCUCAUUGAAAAUCACUGAUCGAUCCAGGGAUUUGAUAUGAUUCACAUUCAAUUGAAACUAAAGUUUUUGUUUUAUUUUCUACUAAUAGAAAAUCAUCUUAUAUUAAUUGCUGAAAGAUUUCCACAAUUGUAAAUCAUAUUAAUCAUCUAUUAACAACAUUGUCUCACCUCAAAUCAUCAUUUUCCAAAUUCCUCUCAAUCACAUAAUUAACAAAAACGAAAAGAAAAUUGAUCGAAAAUUUUUUUCUCAUAUCGAUUGUUUUUUGAAGAAAUGAAAACUUUGUAAUAAAUUCAAUCAACGAAAUUGAUUCUAAUAAUUAAAACUAAUCAAAACAAAUGAGAAUAAAGAAAAAGUAACAAUCAAGUAAA